AUGGCCGUCUCCGAGACUACCCCCGCGGUGUCGAACGGCGUAGCGCAAGUCGCACCCGAGAAGCCAGAACCCAUCAAGAAACUACACGGGCGAGAGUUCUACAAUAGCAUCGGGUGCCCCAAAUAUAUUGUUGCUCCUAUGGUCGACCGGUCCGAAUUUGCAUGGCGCAUGCUCACCCGUUCCUUUAUGACCCCCGAAGAGUCCAAGUCACUCCUCUCAUAUAGUCCAAUGUUUCAUGCGCGCCUCUUUGAGGAACAUGCCGGCUACCGCGCGCAAGCGUAUCAUCCGACUCGCGCCUGGGCUAGCAACAAAGACAAAGGCGAUGACGCACCGUACCUAGAUGGCAACCCAGCAAUUGACCGGCCGCUAUUCGUGCAGUUCUGUUCCAAUGACCCGAACGAGUUCCUCGCAGCGGCGCGUCACGUAGCGCCUUAUUGCGACGCCGUUGAUCUGAAUCUGGGUUGUCCCCAAGGCAUUGCAAAAAAAGGACACUACGGCGCUUUCUUGCAGGAGGACUGGGAUUUGAUCUAUAAACUGAUCAACAAGCUUCAUACGGAACUUCCAAUUCCGGUGACGGCGAAGUUCAGAAUUCAAGAGUCGAAGGAGAAGACGCUGGAGUAUGCGAAGAUGAUACUCUCCGCUGGUGCAAGCAUAAUCACGCUUCAUGGACGGACAAGAGAGCAAAAGGGUCAUAAUACCGGGCUGGCUGAUUGGAGCUAUAUCCGGUAUCUUCGAGAUAAUCUACCCCCUGACACUGUCAUCUUUGCGAACGGAAACUGUCUGAACCACGACGACAUCGCACGAUGCCUCGAGGCAACCGGUGCAGACGGUGUGAUGAGCGCGGAAGGAAACCUCUCGGACCCCUCUAUUUUCGCCAAACCUCCCCCGGUUGGCAGCGAAGGAAGAGAAUACUGGCGAGGGCGCGACGGGAAGGGAGGAUACCGUAUCGAUGCAGUUUUCCGACGGUACUUAGACAUCAUUUACAAAUACGUCCUUGAACAGCCCGUUCCAGAACGACAACCUUUAUACAUCCCGGGCGACCCGGAGGAACCUGCACCAUCAGAAUCCCUUACAGAUACAAAUACCACAGCACCAGAAGCCGAAGCGCAGGCCCAAGCCGAAAACCAGGAAGGAGAAGGAGACGGAGAAGAAGAAGAAGAAGGACCCCCCAAGAAGAAACAAAAGAAACAAUCUAAGAAAGAGCUGAAGAAAGAGAAGCAAAACCAAAAACUCCCGCACAAAUUCCGCCGCGCCCAUCCCAACAGCGCCUCCAUUAAAUACAUGCAAGCCCAUCUCUUCCAGCUCUUCCGCCCUCUAAUCGCUACGCACACGAACGUCCGCGACGCCCUCGCCAGAUCCACACCCAACGACAUGUCUACAUUCGAGAACACACUCUCCGUCCUCGAGGAAGAAACCAAGAAGGGCCUCAAGGAGUACGAGCAAUUCCCUGAUCGCUUUGAGCACAAGCCCGAUCCCAGCCUGACGGGCUCGAAAGCGACGAUUGCGGAGUACGGACGGCCGUUCUGGGUCUGUCAGCCGCAUAUCCGACCGACGCCGGAGGAGGCCAUGGAGGCCGGGGCGUUACAGGUUAAGAAGAGCGAGAAGCAGAAGAAGCAGGAGGCUGAGAACGGCACGGAUGGAGCAGAAGUUAGGACAGCUCCGGCUCAGGCUGUCGAUGCUGCUGAUACAGCAGCGAAGGAUGCGUUGCUGAGUGGUUGA